UCAUCCGCAACGCAAGCGAAAAAGUGCAUAUUCGUAUACGAAGUGGUGGUAAUCCUUUUCCGAUCCUCGCUGGCACAGGUCCCGUUCACUUUCGUAGCUGUAAAUUCUUAAAAAGUGCUCAAAUUUCAUCCUAAAUUGGUCGUUUUUGUGUGUUGAAAAGUGUGUGAUAGUUAAGAAAACAAAAGUGCGAAAAUGACGGCUCUAACAUGGGAAGAGAAGGAACAGCUGAUAACCCGGAAUCUGCAGGAGACUCUCGGCCAGGACAACAUGCGUACGAUUCUGAAGGAAAGAGACCUGAAGGUGUACUGGGGAACGGCCACGACCGGUAAGCCGCACAUUGCUUACUUUGUGCCUAUGUCGAAGAUUGCGGACUUCCUGAAAGCGGACUGCGAAGUGACGAUUCUGUUUGCCGAUCUGCAUGCAUACCUGGAUAACAUGAAGGCCCCGUGGAGCUUGCUGCAGGAACGAACCAAGUAUUACGAGGCCGUUAUCAAAGCAAUGCUGGCUUCGCUGGGAGUGCCGUUGGAUAAGUUGAAGUUUGUCUGCGGAACGGAUUAUCAGCUCUCGAAGGAAUACACGCUGGAUGUGUACAGGCUGUCUUCGGUGGUGACCCAGCACGACGCCAAGAAGGCCGGAGCCGAGGUGGUGAAGCAGGUGGAUCAUCCACUGUUGUCGGGUAUUUUGUACCCGGGAUUGCAGGCGCUGGACGAAGAAUAUCUGAAGGUAGACGCCCAGUUUGGAGGUGUAGAUCAGAGGAAGAUUUUCACCUUUGCUGAGAAGUACAUGCCACAGCUGGGAUAUUCCAAGCGGAUCCAUUUGAUGAAUCCAAUGAUUCCUGGAUUGGCCGGUGGUAAGAUGUCUUCCAGUGAGGAGGAUUCCAAGAUCGAUCUGUUGGACAGUGCUGCAAAGGUGAAGUCCAAGAUCAAGAAGGCCUUCUGCGAACCGGGAAAUAUCGAAGACAAUGGAUUGUUGAAGUUUUUGAAGCAUGUCGUCUAUCCGAUGUUCAAGGCCGGCGAGGGAUUCGAGAUUAAACGAAAGGAAGAAUUCGGCGGCAAUCAGACAUUUGAGAAGUAUGAGGAUCUGGAGGCACUGUUUGCAUCGCAAGAACUGCACCCAGGGGAUUUGAAGGCCUCCGUUGAGGUCUACGUCAAUCGCUUGCUGGAACCGAUCCGGAAGGUGUUCAACGAUGACUUCCACCGGGAGUUGACAGAACGAGCUUAUCCGACCGCGGCAGGAAAUAAGAAAGCCGCAGCGCAGACUACCGGUGAGAACACCCCGGACAAGGUUGAGCUUCAGGUUGGCCAGAUUUUGGAGGCCACAAAACAUCCCGACGCAGACACGUUGUGCAUCCUGACGGUGGAUAUUGGCAAUGGGACGAAAAAAUCGAUCGUUAGCAAUCUGAUGGCUUACUACGGCCUGGAGGAACUGAAGGGCCGUUCGGUAGUAACGGUGACGAAUAUGAAAGCUUCGAAAAUCCGAGGUGUGGAAAGCGAGGGACUGGUGCUGUGCGCAUUCAACAAGGACAAGUACGAACCGUUGGUCGUUCCGGAGGGGGCGAAGAUCGGCGAGAGGAUCAUUGUGGAAGGUUUCGACAACACAGCGACCCAAGUGGCUCAACUGAACCCGAAGAAAAAGGUGUGGGACAAGAUCCAAGCGGAACUGAAGACCAACGCCGAUGGGGAAGCGCUGUGGAAGGAAUUCUCGAUGCUGACGCUGAAUGGUGAUAGGAUUAGCAGUACGCUUAAGGAAUGCAACAUCAAGUGAAGGGUUGGAAGGUUGUUAAGUGGUUCAGAGCGGCUGUCUAGGACACAUAUAGUGAAGAAAUUAUUUUAAUUUAUUUAUCAAUCACACCGAGUAGCAUUUGUCGCCUUACGUGCGCGGUUGUCCGAUCAUAUUUUGGCAUUUCAAAAGUACAUGAAAAACGCUUUGCUGACCGUUUGUUACGAACAGAAUAAAUCUC